CUGAAGAUCACCGAUUCUGUCAAGGAAGGAAAAAAAAAAAAAAAAAAGACAGGAACUGGAGCGGACCACAGUAGGAUGGAGGGAGGGACUACAAGUCUGCUUAUUAUUCCGUCCUCUGUGGGAGUGUGGCUCCGAGCAGGUACCGCGGCUCAGCUGGCUCUCACUCCUGACUGACUGACUGACUGACUGUCCGGCCGGCGACGCUGCACUUGAGAGGAAACUUCUCACUCCACACUCGGAGCCCCAGCUUCUCCUGUCCACCGUGUCCAUGAUGAGUUACUACAUGGAUCCAGUUUCUUCCUACCCAGCCCUUCACCCCUGUGACCGUCUGGGUGCAAUGAGGCAGAGUGGGGGGGUGGCACUGGGCCCCCACAGCCACAUGCCGGCUGUGGUUCACCCCCAGCAGCAGUUUUACCCUUCUCAGCCCCUCUACCCUCAUGACAUACCCCUGCAGGAGGUGCCCAACGGACAUGACGUUUGCCCCACAGAUCCAGAGUGUGGAGAUGUUCCCCUGCUGACACCAGGAAGUAAAGAGAUGAUGUCUCAGGCUCUGAAGGCCACCUUCAGUGGCUUCACAAAGGAACAGCAGCGGCUGGGAAUUCCUAAAGAUCCCAGACAGUGGACAGAAAACCACGUGGUCGAGUGGCUAACGUGGACAGUGAACGAGUUCAGUCUAAAGAACGUGGACUUUGACAAGUUCUGCAUUAACGGAGCCAGUUUGUGUGCCAUGGGCAAAGACCGCUUCCUGGACCUGGCACCGGACUUUGUGGGCGACAUCCUCUGGGAACAUUUAGAGAUGCUCCAGAAAGAGGAUACAAAGCAUUAUCCCAUCAAUGGAUUGACCUCCAACUUCCAGGAAUCUCGUUAUACCUCAGACUACUUUGGCAGCUACGGUGUUGAGCAUGCUCAGUGUGUCCCUCCUUCUGAAUACUCAGAGCCUGGUUUCAUCACAGAAUCCUACCAGACCCUGCAUCCCAUCAGCUCAGAGGAACUGCUGACACUCAAGUAUGAGAGUGACUACCCUGCUGUCAUCCUGCGGGACACGCCCCUCAACCCCCUGCAGGGGGACUACUUCACUGUCAAGCAGGAGGUGGUGUCCCCGGACAACAUGUGUGUGGGACGCAUCAGAGGUAAACUGGGGGGCCAGGACUCCUUCGAGAGCAUCGAGAGCUUUGACAGCUGCGACAGAUUAACCCAGUCGUGGAACAGCCAGUCUUCGUUCAGCAGCCUGCAGCGGGUACCAUCCCAGACAGUGGACAGAAAACCACGUGGUCGAGUGGCUAACGUGGACAGUGAACGAGUUCAGUCUAAAGAACGUGGACUUUGA